AUGGUUCCCGAAAGCAGCAAAACAUUUUUUGGGUAUAUCUCAGACCUAUCCAGUGACUCUGAGUCAGAUUCAGACAUUGAGGACUCUGACAUUAACUCACCAGAUACUAAUGACAACAAUGAAAUGAUGCCCACUGGUAAUGGCUGGCUGCCAAGAGUCCCUCCUCACAAACAGCAGAGAUUAGAUGUGCCCCAGAGAGUUCAACAGGAGUGCAAGCAGGAAUAUUGGAGCAAGGAGAUGAAUAAAGCCUUGGAGGACAUGGACAAGUUGCUAAAGUCAAAGAAGAUGCAGUUUAUUGGUAGUCCAUGA